AAUGUCAUUUCGGGUGUUGUUUUCAGCGGGAGAGAUAAGGAGUGGCAGUGAGUGAGGGGAGGUUGCAGGUGCGGGAGUGAACGGGUCGCGGCGAAAAAGACACGGAGAAAAGGGUUGUUUAAAAGGUGUAAAUGAAGUAGGGAGUGAGAGAGAGCGAGGACAGAAGAUUCAGGUAAGCCGGGUGGCGUUGGCACCGGUGCCAGGGCGAGCGAGGCAGCACCAUCGGCAGCGGCGGCGGCGGCUGCGGGAGGCUAGAAGCGUGCAGUAGUGUGGUGAGGUGCGUAACGCGCGGUGGUCCAGUGCAGUGCCGUGUUCUCCUACGUCGUAGCUUGGGAUGUGCUGGUGGCGGUGCAGUGCAGUGACCCGCGACACCAGUGAUCAGUGUGACGUCACGGGGGCCAGUGAUUUUGUUAGUGCGACCGCGCAGUGAUCAGUGCUCAGUGUGUGUGGAGUGAACCAGGUGCCGUUUGCGUCGAGGCACCGGUGAUGGCGCGCCCGUGGCAUCCUGGCUAUUAUGGUUGAGAAUGUGGGCGGUCAGUGCGGGCGUGCGGCGGUCACCAGGGUUGCAAGUAGUCGCGUGGAGUUGCGUGCGUGCCGUGUGCGUGCGUGCCGCGGCGUGCACGUGGUGGGCGUGAAGCCGUGUGACGCGCCCGCGCCCUGCCCUGCGCAUUAUGGACUGUGUCUGCCCGUGGUGGUGAACCUCACUGACCCGGCCAACGCCCUCGGGACCGUCCAGCCCGACAAGGACGCCAUUCUGGACAUUGUAGAAGCCAAUCGCAGGAAACAGGCCGCCGCCAGGACCAGGAAGGCCUCGGGGGACUCCCACAGCCCCCAGCAGACGUCCCCCUCGCCGCUGGGAGAUUCUCCCACCCCCAUUGACACGCUGCAGCAGGCGGGGCAGCAGAAACAGCAGCCGUCCGCUGCUGAGAGCUGGCGCAUCGCGCGCGCCGUACAGCGUUGGGCCCAAGGCUUCGGGAAGGGCGAGAGAGAGCGAGACAGCAGAGAGGAAGAGAGGAAAUACGAGGAGGGGGCGGGCACGCUGGCCGAGCUGGCUGCAGAGAAGCGGGCAGGGCGCGCGGCCCCUGGCCCCGAGCCGCCCACGGGCGCCCCACGCCAUCAUGAAGCCGUCCAACUCUUUUCGGAACUGAUGCAGACCGACGACGUGUCGACCAUAGCGGCGCAGAUCGCGAACCAGGCCGAGCUCAUCUACCAGACCUGGAAGACGACCGGCCUCAACCCCACCGAGCUCAUCCGCUACCACAGCGUCACCUCGGAGGGGAGCCUCUUCCAGGGGGGCGAGCAGAGCGCCUCCGCCGGGGACCCCCACACCCCCUCCACCCCUUCCACGCCCUCUCCCACGGCCAAGCCCCGCACCCCCGCCAGGAGCAUCAGCCCUGCGCCCCCCGGCUCCUCCCCGGCCGUGCCUCGGAAGGUGAUUGAGCCCUCGCUGCACAACGGCCGCCCGCACUCCGCGUCCCCUGUGCGAACCCUCAACACUUCCCCCCGCCCCUACAUCCCGCCCACUGUCUCACCUCAGUCCCCGGGGGCGCACCCGCACCAGCAGCCGCAGUUCCAGCAUCAGCAUCAACAGAUUCAGCAACAAACAUAUCAUCAGCAACAGCAACUACAUCAGCAGCAACAGCUGCAUCAUCUUCAUCAUCAACAGCAACAGCAGCAGGUAUACGCAAGCAACAACGUGUCCCCUGCGGCCCCUCAGUCCCCUCGGUUGUCCUACGCAUCUCCCGCGUCUCCGUCCCUUUCCCAGGGGAGCCCCCGUCCCUACGUGUCCCCGGCCGCCCCCCAGUCCCCCCGCGGGGCCUUGACCCAGCCGCCACCGCCCCCCGAAAGGUCGUCUUCGUACACAGGCGUAGACUCCAGUCCGCAGCCGCAGGCGCAGCAGGGACAGGACAGCCCCUUCGACAUCCUCGCCGACCCCGAGCUGGAGGCGUCCCUCCAGGAGCUUGUGAACUCUUUCGUUAUCGAGGACAAGGCGCGCCACCACGCCGCCGCGGUCGCCGCGCUGGCGUCCCAACGGCCCAAGAGCGCGCCCUCGUCCAUCCAGGAGGCGCUGCAGAGGUUCGAACGGCAGAUGGCCAUCACCUCCCGCGCGGCCGCCCAUGCAGCUGACAACGUGUCCAACUCCUCCUCGCCCGCCGCCUCCCCUAACACCAUGGGCACCUUAGGAAGGUUCUCGCAGCAGCAGCAACAGCAGCAGUUGGCCAACAGUAUGUCCACCAGCCUGAGCAGUAGCAACAUCAGCAUCAGCAGCAGUAGCAGCAGUACGAGCAGCAGCAGCAUGAGCAUCAACACAGCGAGUCGGCGGCUCGGCGGCACCCGCAGCGACUCCGAGUGGACCCGCAUGCACAGCGACGGCGAGGGGCGCAGCCGGCGCUCGGCGUCGCCCAACCCGCCGGUGUCGCAGCCGGGCUGGAACGAGGGCCCCUCCGCCAACACCUCCACGUGGCCGCUCAAGAACAAGCAGCCCAAUGUCGUGGAGAGGAAGUCUAUGCAGAGCCAGCACAUGGCCUCGCACAUGACCUCCAGCUCGGGUGCACAGUCGUCGUCCUACUCGUCCUCGUCCUCGUCCGUGUCCUCGUACACGUCGUCGAGCUCCAACUCGAACACGACCACCAACUACAUCACGACACUGGAGGCGCGGGUGGAGAGCUCAUCCUCGCAGAAGUUCUCGGGGGUUCCUCUGCGGCACAAGGUGGUGACCAUGGCAGCCGUUGACAAGGAGGAGGAGCGCCUCAUGCACGCCCUCCGCACGGGGACGCUUAUCGAUGACGGCGACCACUUGAGGCCCUUGGGGCAGGCCCGCCCCACUUCCGCCCCCGUGUCAUCCCCGCAGACGUCGCUCCACACGCCCAACAGCACCAUCAUCACCUCGGCCACCCCCAACAGCCUGCCCAACCAGACGGAGACGCAGGAGUUCCCCGCGCAGGGUCGGCGCCCCAAAUUCUCCAUCAGCGUCACCGUUGACGUCGAUAAACCCAAAGAGAAUCAGCAGCAACGGGUACAGCAGCAACAGCUGCAACAACAACAACAAAAGCAGCAACAAAUCCACGUUCAACAGAAGGUACAGAAGAUUGCAAGCACAAGCUCAGCUGUGGAGAAGCCUGGCUCCCCGGUGCGCAUGGUGCCCAAGAAUCCGACUGAGGGCGACAUGUCCAUCGUGGACUUCGCCAAGGUGCGCUUCCAGGAGUCGCAGCAGCACCCGCACUCCACGCAGCGCCUCGAGGACUACCGCAACAUGUCCAAGCAGGUGGUGAGCAGCGACGGCCGCGUCAUGAUGGCCCGCACGCGCUUCGAGAACGGCAGCACGUCGCUCUCGGACUCCGUGUGGCGGGGCACGAUGGGCAUCCAGGCGGACGAGGUGGGCUCCACCCUGCCCGAGUUCUACCGCCGCAAGCUCCGCAAAAUGCGCAAAGCCGGGUCACCCGAGCCCUUGGUGGCCGGGAGUAUCUCGACGUUGCCGCACCCGGAGCUGACGGACCAGCAGAAGGCCCACAUCAGGGAGAGGUCCCAGAGCCCGACCACGGGCUACAACAGCGCCGGCGUGGCCAUCCGGCCCUUCCUCACGCAGGGCAGCGUGGCGGAGCGGGUCCUCAUUUUCGAGAGGGCCCCGGCCGAAAUGAAGCCCAAGCCCAGCACGGGCGCGCCCGUCCCGGAGAAGAGGCGGCCCGCGGUCAACACCUGGCGAGAUCCAGACGAAGUCCGCUCCUACGUGCAGUUUUGGAACAUCCUGAACUUUUUGGGGGCGUUAGACGAUUUGACGGACGGCAUCGCUUCCCCGCCCUCGCCCGCGUCCCCAGCCACCGCCCGCCAGAUCGAGGCCCCGCCGCCCGCAACACAGGAGACAAAGUCGCUGACUUACGUCCGGGAGAACAGCGCCGCCCACAAGGAGAAUGCCCGCCCGCUCCCCACAUCCCCGCCCACGACGCCCGUGUCCCCGCUGUCGCCGCCCACGCCCCAGGGCUCGGUCAGCACCACCUCGGCCACCAUCACGCCCGGGGUCGCCCACAACGCCCACCCCGCCCCCGGCUCCCCCGUGGGCGUCGUGCCCUCGGCCCCCGCGCCCCUGCAGUCCCCGAGGGCCACCAACACCAUCCGCCGCCACACGAAGGCCACCAAGAACCUCCUCAUACCCAGAUUCUAUUACCCUAUGGGCCGCCCCACAACCCAGGUGUCCCAGGAGCAGUCAAUAUCACGGGUCAACGCUGUGUUCCGAGAGAAUGGAGGUCAGAUAACACGGGACAACAUGGAGCCACUGAUAAGGGCUUGCCAAGUCCCACUCUACUGGAAGGCUCCUCUCUUCAUUGCUGCUGGUGGAGACAAGCUGGGCUACCUCACACAGGAGCAGUUCUCAGACUAUUGGAGCAGAGUGAUCUCUACCUGCCACGACAUGGCCUCUCGCUUUGUCCGAGUGCUGAGUCGUGGCGUCCGGAACUACCUCAUGCCAGAGGACUUUCUUAGCAUGAUUCAGGAUGUGGUGGACACCCACCCUGGCCUCACCUUCCUCAAGGAAGCCACUGAGUUCCACUCCAGAUAUGUUCAUACAGUCAUAGCAAGAAUAUAUUAUUGUGUAAAUAGAUCCUGGUCAGGUAGAAUAACAGUUCCAGAACUUAGGAGAUCAAACUUGUUACAAGUUAUAAGCUAUUUAGAGGAAGAAGAAGAUAUUAACCAAAUCACUGAUUACUUCAGCUAUGAGCAUUUUUAUGUUAUUUAUUGCAAGUUCUGGGAAUUGGACACAGAUCAUGACCUGUUCAUUGACAAGCAUGAUCUUGCAAAACAUAAUGAAAGAGCGCUGUCGUGGCGCAUGAUUGAGCGAAUAUUCAGCGGCGCAGUUACCAGAGGAAGGCUGCAGAAGCAGGACCGCAUGGGCUACCAGGAGUUCGUGUGGUUCCUAAUAUCUGAGGAGGACAAACGGCAUCCCACAGCCAUUGAAUAUUGGUUCAGGUGCAUGGACCUGGAUGGGGAUGGCUAUCUGUCCAUGUAUGAGUUAGAAUACUUUUAUGAGGAGCAGCUGCAGCGCAUGGAGGCCCUCGGCAUCGAGACUCUUCCCUUCCAUGACUGCCUCUGUCAGAUGUUGGAUAUGGUGCGUCCAGAAAUGGAUGACAAGAUAUCCCUAAGGGAUCUGAAGCGCUGCCGCAUGACACCCAUAUUCUUUGAUACGUUCUUCAAUCUCGAGAAAUACCUAGACCAUGAGCAGCGCGAUCCCUUCGCAUCACACAGAGCCGAGGAUGAUGGGCCAGAGUUCCUGCAGGUAUCGGAGUGGGAUCGGUAUGCGGCUGAGGAGUACGAGCUGCUGGUGGCGGAGGAAGGGGGAGCUGACCACCAGGAUGAUAUGUUCUACGGUGAUGAAGAUGAGCUGUCGAUGGGUUGUGAUGAUGCCUUAGACUCCAGUCCGGGAGGUGGCCGAACCCUGACUGGGGGUGUGGUGGGUGGUGGUAGUGUAGGGGGAGGCCUCAACAAGCACUCGCCCCUCUCGGCCACCGUCACCAACCUUGCGGCCGACUCCAUGGACGUGGAUGACGACUACCCCGAUUACGCAGACUCGGAUGACUACCAGUACUAGAACACACCACUGACAACCGCCCUCAUCAUUGCCAUAGGUGGAAAAGAAGCUGACUGAUGAACCGAUUCUCAAAACUCCUACAAACAACGGUUCUUGCUGUAGCUCCUGUAAUGGGAACACGUGCAACGCCCCCCCAAAGAUUGGAUUAGGGUCCUGGAUGUCACGCGCGCUCUCUUUCUUUCUCUCCCACUAUCCCUCUUGAUGGUUUUCUUCGCAGGGACAUUGGUUAGCCAGAGCAAUAGAAAGAGGUUGAUUUCUAUGAGGUUUAUAGAAUAUUUUAUAUAUGUAUAUAUAUAUAUAAAGAUAUUUGGGUUCUGUUACAUGAUCUUGUUACAGUUGUUGACAUUAAUGUGAAUGAGAAAUAACUAAAGUGUGUGAUUGAUCCACAAGAUUUUCAAGGAGCCGAGUUAUUUUUAUGUUUUUCUGGCAAAAGGGAAGAAGAGGGCAUGUGAAGGCUCUCCUGCCCUUCCCUAUCAAUGUGGCCUUUACGUAGAUAUUAAAGAAAAAUAGCUUUUCCUCAAAAUUUUAGGCUGAUGGCACAGCCUCCCAUGUAUUGAUAAUUCUUGAAUUAUAUCUAAGCAAUUUUUCUUGUUAUUUCUUCUUUUUUUAAUUUAUAUUUAUUUUUGGCCUUUUUCAAUCACUAAUCCAGUACAGACACUAGACUUUUUCAGACAGAUUUUAUAGUGUAUGUCGAGAUACACCCUAAAACCUGCAGUCUGAGUAAAUUAAAAGCAAAAAUUCAAGAAUGGCAGUUAUUUAUGACGAAGUGCACCUUCGUUCAACAGUGUUUACAGAAAGACUUCAAAAAAGGAUUAUAUGAAUUGGUCAUAUAUAUAUAUAUAACACUUUCUUUCCAGUUUUUGAUGUUAGGCAGAUUUUCUUGUAGUGCGCAUAGCAGCUUUGUAUGCAAGAUAUCUGAUAAGAUGAAUCCAGUGAACCUGCUCCUACAACAGUGUAAUGCAGCGAUGACAUUCUUCAUCAUGAAACUCCUAACCUAUGUGAAACAAGUACCCCAACCUCACCGCAUGACCCUAACCCCAUCCCUCAUGUGCCAAGAAGCAUGCAAAGCCCUCUAUUGCUUGUGGAUGCUGAACUGUUCUGUGCAGUAUUGAACACUUCUUGAAAGGGCAAAGAACAUGUUCUCCCUAAGUGUAAUGUGCAUGAAUGUCUGAAACCUUGAACCAAAGAUGUACCCAACAGUGAAUCUUACAAGAUUGCAGCAAAGAAUUAUAGUGACUGUGCAUGGAUAGCAUUUGCAACCAACCCUGUUUGUUUCUCAUAUUUCAUGAGACUACUGAUCUGUGAGUGUGUGGCUUAACAGGGGAAAAUGAUCACAAAGUGGCACAUGCUGUUUAUGUGUGCGCCUGCAGUGUCAGUGCUAGAUAUUUUGAAACUUUUUUCUCUUUCUUUUCCUUUUUUUUUUCUUUUUUUUUACGAACUUACAAAGUAAUUUUAGAAAAGAUUCCCAAACACUGUGAUGCACCAACCAUUGUGUGGUGCUUGCAACCCUCUUUACCUUGUAAUGCUAAGGACAAGUUUAACAAGUUUUCUAGUGAAUGAGCAACUUCGAAUAAAAAAACUUGAAAGAAUGUGAUCAUAACACUUCUGUGUAGAUGGUGAUAAUCCAGAGAUAAAGAAUUAUUCAGUGCUUUAAUUUGAACUGCAUUGUGGGUGUCAUUCUCCCAGAACUAAAAAGAUGGAUAAUGAGGUAUCUGCACAGGUGACUUUUGCCUCAGAAAUUUGGUCUUCCUUACCUACUCACUGAAGUCCCUCCGUGAAGUGCCUCUUUAUGUAUUAAAAAAUAAUGUUAAUGUAAAAAAAAAAAAAAA